UACUUCAAUCUUAGGCCAAGUUUUUCUCUUUUUUUUUCAGAGGAAAAAUCGAAAGUUAAAGAACUUACAAUUAAAAGCAGAAAAUGGACAGAAAAUGCCAGCUUUGAAAAUAUUUUCUGAAUCAAUAAAGUUUUUUAAAGAGCAUUUUGAACAUUUACUGGAGAAAAUAACACUGAGAGUUAAGGAAAAUGAACGUAACAUGUCUGGAGAUGUAUCGGAAUCUGUUAAUGACAAUGAUGAGAGAAAAGUUGACCCAAAGAACAAUGCAGCCUGUUCCUGGUCGGCUGAUAUAUUGUGGGUUCUCACAGUUCCCGCCAUCUGGUCUGACGAAGCCAAGCAAUUCAUGAGAGAGGCAGCUAUUCAGGCUGGCAUACAGGACGACCAUUUGGUUCUUGCUUUGGAGCCAGAGUCUGCAGCUCUACUCUGUAAACAGUUAAAACUUACUGAAAACAGCAAUGCCACCAACAUCGAGGAGUUUGAACCUGGAAGCAAAUUCAUGGUGGUGGACUGUAUGGAACAGUAAAUGUGACAUCGUUCGAGGUAAAUGAAAACAGCUCAUUGAAA